GCGACGAAGGGGCGUCGUGACGUCGCGGACCUUGCCAACCAGGUGACUCAGAUCACCACAGUUUUGAACAAAUUGACGGAGAAGAUGGGAGUGGAGUCUCAGGUCGCUGUGGGGAAGCCGCCAAAGAGACGCACGCCCAAGAGUACACAAGCACCUCCGACACUUCAGAAGAUCCGUGAGUACCUGAAGUACAUGAGGGUCAACAACGUGAAGGUCACAGAGGAGCAAGUGCAGGACAAGCUGCGCAGCUUACUCACGCGCACCACGGCAGCAUCGACGUGGUUGAAUGGGGGACCUGCCGCCGAGAAGGCACAGGACACAAAGUUGGUCGUACAUUCCCAGCCGUGGGGCACGGCGAAGAUUGUCAAGGCCGCUAACAUCAGGACGACGACACUAGAUGGCCCUGCCGUCAUCACGUGCCAGUCGGCCACGGAGUACGAGCAGGCAACACAGUGGCUCGGAUCCAUCAAAGAGCAGCCCAGUGGGAUGACGUUCAUUGUCUUCAAUGCGCCGUCGAUUUUGACUGGAGCUACCACCACCGAGGUUAUGUGUGAGACAUCUGUUGGGGUCAGACCACACACAGCCCAGAUGAUCACGACGGGGACCUCACCACCGACACGCCAAGGGCUACCUACAGGCUUGAAGGACGAUGAGGCCUCGACAGCACCACCCUUGGCCACGGCAGCCCUGCGGCUCACUAUUGCAGAGGCGUUCGCUGACGAUGCUACGUACGCAACGGUCAAGGAGAAACCAGUGGCAAUGGCGACAGUACUAUUCCCUCAAGUGCUGGCGGCCAAGAUUUUGAAAGUAAAGGGUGCAGUCAACUACCAGACGGAGUCGACGGCGAUUAUCCUUGUGCGAGAGAACGAUACGGAGGCAUUUUUGAAGUGGACGGCCCCGUCAGGGGUAUUUUUGAAUCGACAAGCGAGUAAGCUGGUGCCAGUCUGGCACAAACUACGGGACGGCGAGAACACGAUGACGUACCUCACCAGGGUGACAGCUGCGGCAGCACAGGUCGAGGGCAGAUUGGUGUACCGCCCGUCAGAUAACGCAUCUUUGGGAAUUCUAUCUCAGAAGUCAAUGGCAGCCGACAUCCAACCUCGAUGGUAUUUGCAGAAGUGCCCAGAGCACUGGUCGUCACCACAGGAGGUCGAGGAGUGGGCCAAAGCCAGAGGUUUCCAGAACAUCGACGGUAUCACACGAUCGAGUAAAAGAGCCUGGUUUCUACGAGCUGACCUUGAUGGAUUGGUCAAGGAUCAAGUAUGCACAUUCAAGUCGGGGAUCAUAGCUAGCCUAGCUGUGCCUCGCAGGCCUCCAUGGGAGGCAUACUUUACUGAGAAGUGCUGCGGGGGAGAUGGAGAUUGCUUUUUCCUGACGGCCUCCCACGGCAUACGAGCGAAUCAAUCCAAGCCAAAGCAGAUGGCAGAGAAGGAGAUGGGCCCUGGUGGUGCACUCCAGGCCAACCUGCGUAUGAUCGUGUCCGCCAGCAUGACGGACAACAAACGCUAUCCCCGGGACGAGGCCCGCAAGGCAGCCAAGACUGGGGAAUGGGCCACAUCGGCCAUGGUGAGAGCGGCAGCGGUCACCACGAAGACGAAUUUCGCUAUCUGGAAAAAGUCCCGCACUGGAACAUGGACCUUGUAUACCGCCCCAGCGGACAUCAAGACCAAGCAGGUAGUGUGGGCCACGUUGGUGGACAAGCACUACAAACUUCUUCUCCCAAAGGCGGGAGUAUUCUGGGAUUAUCAGUUGGCGAUGAGGAUGUCGAUGACCCUCUGCCUGAUCAUGAUCUACCAGCAUGCCGUCCUGAGCGCUACAACUAUUAUUUUUGUGACUGCGGGUGGAAACCCGAUGGAGCGCAUGCACCCUGUCACGUUCUACAACAAGCACGAGUACACUGCACGGCUGAGGGCGGUGACCAGCUUAUCAUACAUGGACAAAGGAAAGCGGGACAAAGCCUGGAGAAGGUACACUGCAUGGUACCAGUCUCUACCUGAAGAUGUGAAGCCCAGCGUCUGCCAGAUCACGGAGGACAACGUCGAGACGGUCAGGGACGGCAAGCAGGGCAACACAGUAUAUAUUUGUACGAGGUGCGGCAGACGCAAGCCACUCGCCAAGCAUAUCCUGAAGAAAGGUAAUACCGCGUGGGCCGUCUGUGCCAGGCGACCAGGAGAUCAACGCAAGAUCAAGGAUGCCACGCAUGAUGUCUGGACCAGGAUGGUCAAUAGGGACUACGCGGACCAGAUCGUGGCGGCACAGAAGAGGACGCGGGAAAAGCAGAAACGCAGACAACGUACACCAGAGAUGAAGGCCAAGCGCCAAGAGUACUAUAAGAGGCGGAAGCUGAUGCGGAUGCUACGCA